CCGUUUUGUCACCCAGUUACAGAGCUCCGGACCCUAUCCUCUUCCUCCGACGCAGCCCCACCACCCCUUCCGCCGCCCCCAAAAAUGGCAGCUCAUCUUGAACCUCCUCUCUCCUCCACAAUGCCAAAAUUUCUCAUUUUUCAGUACUUUGCCAAAAUUCCAUGCCCAGAAAGCCGAUUAGUCCCUCUCCGUCUCCGUUGCUCUCUGAACUCACCAAGAAAACACCCCUACGUAGCAUUGUCCUUCCCUCACUGGGUUUUGGCUUUGCUCCUCUGAAAUUUGAUCAAAUUAAACCCUAUCUUCUAUUUUCUCCGUUUGAGUAGAGGCCCGGAGCUACUGCUAGGUCUGUCGCGCAACUGUCUCUCCGGCCUCCAUCAGUUCAUCCUCCUGCCUCAAUGCAACAAGCCGCAGCUACGAGCUCCAUUCCUGUGAUUUGAAGCCUUUAUUUCUUCUUCUUAGUUUUUCCAAGCUCAAGAUAUCGUAAAAUUCUCGAGCAAAUGGCGGCGAUGAAUAGCUUAACAACGAGUUUCGGCGCUCAAUUCUUUACAAGUUCGAACCAGUUUUCUGUCAAACGAUGUUUCUUCAACAGAAUGAGAAAAUCUCUGCUCUUUCGACCUUUACCAAGCUACAAUAUUGCUCCAAGAAUCGUUUGCAUGGCGGAGCCCUAUUUAAUAACAAAGUUGGAAUCUGCUGAGAAAACAUGGAAAGAAUUAUCGGUUAAGUUGGCUGACCCAGAUAUUCUCUCAAAUCCCAGUGAAUAUAGAAAGCUAACACAAUCAAUGGCAGACUUGGAUGAGGUCGUGUCAAACUUCAAGAGGUUUAAGGAUUGUGAGAAACAAUUAGAAGAAGCAAAAGCUUUAGCAAAGGAUGAUGGCAGUGAUGAAGAUAUGGCUGAGAUGAUAGCUUAUGAAAUUGAAGCUUUAUCCAAUCAACUUAAAGAGCUCGAGGAAAAACUUAAGGUACUGCUGCUACCUAGUGAUCCUCUUGAUUCAAGAAAUAUAUUACUUGAAGUGAGGGCAGGUACUGGUGGUGAUGAGGCUGGACUAUGGGCUGGUGAUCUUGUACGUAUGUAUCAGAAAUACUGUGAGCGUAGUUCUUGGAAGUAUGCCCCUAUUUCCAGUUCUGAGGCUGAAAUGGGGGGAUUCAAAACAUGUGUAAUGGAGGUGAAAGGAAGUCGUGUCUAUAGUAAACUGAAGUAUGAGUCUGGUGUCCAUCGGGUUCAGCGUGUUCCUCGAACAGAAACUCAAGGCCGUGUGCACACUUCUACUGCUACUGUGGCAAUUAUGCCAGAGGCAGAUGAAGUUGAGGUGGUAAUUGAUCCAAAAGACAUUGAACUUACAACAACACGGUCUGGUGGUGCUGGAGGGCAGAAUGUCAACAAGGUGGAGACUGCUGUUGAUCUUUUUCAUAAACCAACUGGAAUCCGUAUCUUUUGUACUGAAGAAAGGACUCAAAUUCAAAACAAAAAUCGAGCCUUUCAGUUGUUGCGAGCGAAAUUGUACGAGAUUAAAGUAAGAGAGCAACAAGAAUUGAUACGUAAUCAACGAAAAUCACAGGUUGGCACUGGUGCUCGUGCAGAAAAGAUUCGAACAUACAAUUAUAAGGACAAUAGAGUUACUGACCAUCGGUUAAAGAUGAACUUUGAACUGACUUCUUUUCUGGAAGGUGAUGUUGAGACAGCUAUUCAGUCCUGUGUUGCUAUGGAGCAGAAGGAACUCUUGGAAGAACUGGUAGGGUCUAUAAGCACACCAUCUGGCUGAUAACCAACACCUGGUCGCAAUCUUUCUUUCUUUCUUUAUUUUAUUUUUUAAAAGUUGGGGUCAUUGCAAAGAAAUUGUGGCCGUCUCUUGUGCUUUUGUGGAAUUACAAUUAUGGCAGUCCACCACAAUGGCGGUUGGUUGCAUUGUUACCUUCAGUGGUGUAUAUAUAAUGGUAAAUUUUGCAGUAAGAUGGCUGAUUUUAUUUACAUAUGAGCCAUGCACAUUUGGAAAAUUUUGGUGAAGCAACAAAAGAAAUUAUGAUUUGUAAA